UUCUGAAGAGGUUGAUGGUUUUCCUGUCCCGUUUUUUCCUUCCAGAAUGGGUUCUGGGUGGGUUCCCUGGGUGGUAGCUCUGCCAGUGCAUCUAAUCAGGCUGGAUUCCUCUAUCACUCAAGGCAGAGGCUGUCCAGGUAUUAAAGUUAACAUACGGCCUGGUGCUGAACUGUGGAACAGUGGGCUGGAUAUAUUGGAGAGAAGGAGAGCUUCUGUAGUAGUGGGUGUGCUCUGCAGGCACAUGCAACCUGGGGCACCCUUCCCUGUGGGGAGAGAAGCACAACCAGAGGUGACAGUGUAUCUGGAAAUACCCCCAAUGCUGCGCCACCACAGAGUGCUGCUGUGCUCCGUGACAGGCUUCUAUCCAGGGUACAUCAGAAUCAGGUGGUCCUGGAAUGGGCAGGAAGAAAGAGGUGGCAGGUCCACUGGCCUUAUCAGGAAUGAAGACUGGAACUCUCACACAAUGGUGAUGCUGGAAAUGACUCCAGAACUGGGAGGUGUCUACACCUGCCUUGUUGAUCACGUCAGCCUGCUGAGCCCUGUUUCUGUGGAGUGGAGAGCCCAAUCUGAAUAUUCUUGGAGAAAGAUGCUAAGCAGAGUGGCAGCCUUCCUGCUUGGGCUGAUCUUCCUUCUAGUGGGUUGGAGAUCCAUCUGAGGGCUCAGAAAGAUAAUGAGUCCCUGGGGAGGACCCUGCCACCUGUCCUGUGGUUUCCUCACUUCCCAGUUUUCCUAACAUCAAAGGUGUGAGGCAGGGGAGGGUGACUGUACUUCUCAGGGACCUGUAGGACAGUCUUUUCUGAAGCCAAAACCAACAGGGGUGGGCAGAGUCAUGAUGCACAUCAUCUGCUGCCUUUCAAUUAAUCACAACAUUUAGUCUUCAUUGGGGCGUCAUGUUUCUUCCCUCACUUUCAUUCCAAGAUAAUGUGGAUGCUCAGCUGUCUGUGUAAUUUCUUCCUGGUCUUUCAGAUGGUUCUCUUAGUCCUUUGGCCAGAGUGGGACGUCGUGAGGAAGAGAUGUAAGGUGGCUUUGGCUGGGAGGCACCACCUGCUGAGUCCCUGGAAUGUGAAGGUGGGGGUCACUCAUGAGACUUUUAUCACUGUCCCUGAAGGUCUCAGGAGCUGUUCUUCCACCACAGAAACACCAGGGUCCUAAUUGAAGCUUCGCCCCUGAAGCCUGAAGUAGCACUGAGUGGCGUGGGCCAAAUAAAGGGCACUCAUGAGGUCAGUGUUCUGGAAUGAGCCUUUUCUGUGAGGCCUUGGAGGAGUCCUGAACUGUUUCUAGAUUUUUGGGUUCUGAGAUCAUGCAUCUGUCAUCCUUCUGCCCUUCUUCUUCCUACUAGUAUAUGUCAUGCGUCCCUGUUUCCAGGACAGUGUCCAGAAACCUGCUCAGACCUGACUCCUUCCAGUCCCAAACCAUUUCCUUUUCUGUGGUCCAGCCCUAACCCCGUAAGUGGUCAUUCCCCAGUCUCCCUCUUCCAGCUGCAGUCUCCACAGUCUACAAAGACAAAUGCUCAGACGGUCAGUUUUCUUUUCCCUCUUAAAAAAGUUUUAAAAUGUAAAAUAAAAUUGAGAUACAGAUAACAGCACAAAUAUAUGAUUUACUAAAUCGUUUAAGACAAAACCCAUGUAAUGCCCACUCAGGUCAGGUAACAGAACUUUACCAGCCACCGCAGCCUGUGCGCUGCAGGCUGAUCAAAGGCCCUUCCUCCUGUGGAUGGUAGUCGUAUCCUGACCAUGAUGGGAACCAGUUUUAGAUAUUUCUUUAGCUGUCCUCUAUGUCUCUUAUACUUCACAGGUUUCUCCUCCAUGCCUUUCUUUUCCUAAUGAUUAAUAUGUAGGAAAGCCUGAGCCAUUUGACUUGUAGAGUUUUCCGUAGUCUGGAUUUUGCUGAUGACAGAUACCAGGGACAGUUUAACACAUUCCCCGCUCCCUCUGCAAGCCAGCACCUGGAUGCAGAGGCAGGAUCAGGCUUAGCUUGGGCUCCUUUAGAAAGUCUGUAGGGGGUGGUGUGGGUUUUGCCACUAGGAACACAAUGUUUGCUUGUCUGUCUUUUUGUGACGUUAGGAAUCACUGGUGCUUAUUGCUGAGGUCCCUCGAUUCACUGGGGAUUGCAGGUUGGGGGUAUUCUAAUCUAUCCUUCCUUCAUUUAUAUGCUUUAUUGCAGCAUCUAAAUAAUGUUUCUGUAUUUUCAUGUAACAUUGGUAUUAAAAAGUCUGAUGAUAAUCUAAUUAUUAAGUCAUUCUUUUUGCUGGGAUGCCCUGGUGAUAUUUUCUUUUU